AGCGCUCAAAAUGUUAUCCAUUUUAAUUGUGUCGGUGCCCGAAUGUUCCGUUGUGCGACGAUGCAAAGUGAAUCACAAAGAGCCGCCGGGAUGAGUCAGACGUGGCCGGGGGGCUGAGUUUCAAGGCCAAAAAAGUGGAUUGGACCACGGCACUUUAGUUGAAUUUACAAUCCCAUUCGGGAUACAUCGUAAAUGUUCAUGGUGAAAAUUAUCAGCACUACCGAUGCGACAAUGAACCAAUGCUGUCUACAGCAGUGUUACACAAGAUAAGAUGUCAUAGCGUCGGGUUUCUCGCGCAGCACGGCUAUCCCCGGAAAACCUAAAGCAAUACCUUACAAUCAAACAUUUUUCGUAAUUACUUAGGUAAAGUACUUAAGACAGAGAAAUAGUUGCGAACUUUCACAACAGUUUCAUCUUCAUCUCCAUCAAACCCUUCGCGAUGGUCCCGCAUCCGCAAGCCUCGCAGGCUCUGCACUACAGCUGCGCCCUGAGCUCUGUGCUCAUCAGCCUGUCGGCUUCAAUUUACUCGGGCCAAGCUAAGAGGAAACACACAUCAACAAAGGAUCACAAUCAUCGCCAAUCAAAACUCAACAGAUUUGUGAAACUCAUCAUCAUCGUCACAUAUCUCUCUGAGAUGGUUUCGGCAGCUCUUCAGCCUGACGCUUUCAAUAGGCAGCAAGCUCAUAUCAUUCAUAUCUUACUAGCAACUCUCGCCUGGACAGCGCUUGUGGCUUAUCGGAAUGUGCAUCAUGUUUUGCUCGGCGCAUGCACCGCCACUAUCUUGUUCGAGAUUCCACUACUGGUUCUGGAUUCUCGCGGAAAAGCCUUUUCCACCAUUGAUUUUGUCUGCCUUGUUUGCCAGGGGAUUCGACUCUUUGCCAUUUUCAGCUUGAUUUUGGUUUCUUGGGCCACGAGUAGGACUCAGGUGGGCAGUACCGGAGUAUGUUCCGAAGAAUCUCAACCAUUUCUCGGAUCACAUGCACAAGACGGACCAGCCGACUAUGGAACCGAACGCUUCAGGGACGAAACCGACACCGAGAUUGCCAGUGAUGAUUCCGAAAACGAUGAUACAGAUGAAGACGACGACGACAGUGCCAGUAUCAAGCGUCGACGAGCCAAGAGACUAGAGGAAACCGGCGGAUGGCUGGGAUACCUGAAAGACUUCAAGAUCUUCGUCCCACUUCUGAUCCCCAGGAACGACAGAAAAGUUCAACUAUCGAUCGUUCUCUGCAUCUUAUGCAUAGCGGGUGGGAGAGCGAUGAUCAUCCUGAUCCCUCGUCAACUCGGCAUCGUCACCGACAAGAUCCUAGCAAAAGAAGCCCCAUACGGUGCAUUGGCCAUCUGGUUGGUUCUGAGCCUUAUCAGCGGCGAAUCGGGCUUGGGUCUGAUCGAGGCGCUGGCGAAGAUCCCUAUCAAGCAAUUCUCGUACAGACAGAUCACCAAUGCGGCUUUUAGCCACGUCAUGAACCUUCCCAUGGAAUUUCACUCUGAGAGAGACUCUGCAGAAGUCAUGAAGGCCAUUGAGCAGGGCGAAGCGCUCAGCAACUUGCUAGAGACUGCAGUAAUCGACAUAUUGCCGACAGUGGCAGACAUGUUCAUUGCGCUCUGGUUCCUGUACUGGAAGUUCAACGCCUACGUGUCUUUAGCCAUGCUUGUGGCUUCAGUGGCCUUCACAACCUUGGAGGUCGUCACUUCGAACAUGAAUCUUUCGAAUCGCAGGGCCUCGAGCAAAGCCGAACGUGAAGAAGCACGCAUCAUGCAUCAGGCUGUUCAAGGAUGGCAGACCGUCACAUAUUUCAACAUGCUCAAUUUUGAAAGGCGCCGUUUUGGCCAGGCUGUGGACUCGCAACUAGCCGCCAGCCGUAGGUAUGGGGUCGGCGAUGCUUUCAUCCAGGCUCUCCUUGAGGCGACCGUGCCAACCACAUUCUUUGUGCUGGCAUGCCUGGUGCUAUACGAGAUUACCCGUGGCCGAGCCUCCCCUGGAGAUUUUGUCUUGCUCUUGUCGUACUGGGAGUACCUGGUCUGGCCUCUCAAGUUCCUCUCACAUAAUUACCGGUACUUGAUGUCAGACUUGGUGGAUGCCGAACGUCUUCUCAAUCUCUUGCAAACCAAGUCCACAAUCAUCGAGAAGGAGAACGCCAGGGAUCUUACGCCUGUGAAAGGUCACGUCGCAUUCGAGAAUGUCGGUUUCGCCUACGAUCCGAGAAGACAGACCAUUCAACAGCUGGAUGUGUCGGCAGCACCAGGAAAAACCAUUGCCUUAGUCGGAGAGACGGGUGCCGGAAAGUCAUCAAUCGUGAAACUACUUUUGCGAUUCUACGACGUAACAAGCGGUCGCAUCGCCAUUGACGGCCAAGACAUUCGCGACGUCACGCUCGCUUCGCUUCGUGUAGCGCUUGGUGUGGUUCCGCAGGACCCCUUGCUAUUUAACGCUUCAGUCAUGGAAAAUUUGCGAUACGCACGGCCAUCUGCGACAGAUGAAGACGUGUUCGAAGCGUGCCGAGCCGCUGCGAUCCACGACCGCAUCCUUAGUUUCGCCGACGGAUACGAGAGCAAAGUAGGUGAGCAGGGGGUCAAGCUAUCUGGUGGUGAAAUUCAAAGACUAGCCAUUGCACGGGUAUUUUUAAAGGACCCGCCUAUCCUCAUUCUCGACGAAGCGACGAGUGCGGUCGACACGAUGACCGAAGCGAAUAUAAAACAUGCUUUGGAGACUUUGAAGAGUGGCAGGACAACAUUUGUCAUAGCAUACAGGCUCUCCACGGUUGUCAACUCGGACAAGAUUGUGGUCAUUCACGAGGGUAGAGUGGUCGAAAGUGGUACUCAUGAGGAGUUGUUGGAGGAAGGGACAAGAUACAAGGAUUUGUGGACGAGACAAGUCGGUGGUGCCUCAGACAAGAACAGAGUAUAAUGAUGGAUGUUUUCGGAUUUUCUUCCCAUUGGACUUUGAUGAGCGUUUCAGUAUUUCUAACCAUUACCCACAUGGGCCUGGGGCGUCGGUAGUGGCCUUGUCCUUCUGCUAUCAGGCGUAGCUCGGAAUUGUAGAGACUCGGGAAGAGUGGUAUGUUUUGAGGUUUAGCUUGAUAAUUAGCGUUUUCACCUUUCGCUCUUUAGACGACUUCCAUGGCAAUAGCCUAUGGGGCACAAAACGAUGUAUCCGUAUCAGACUUCAGUGAAUUGGGAGCACGAAUCUCCCACUAGCCCCAAAGUGGCGUGGAUCGAUCGGACGGUUGGGGGACAUGCGCUUAGAUCGACAGGGACCACCAAUGCCGUCACCGAGAGGGAUAACUUUUGUGUCGGACAUCAAUAUUUGUAGAUUUGUCCGUGAGUAUUCAUAAAGGCGGCGGCCAAAGAUCUGAC